CAUCAAAAAUGCACUACAUGCUUUUCUGCAGUGUUUCCAUUGAAGUCUAUAGAAACAAAAACACAACUUUUUGCGUUAAAAAAACUCCCUGACCCUUUCCAAAAAACGCACCGGCACUGCCCCUCUCACUUCCUGGUUUUAGGAUGCUGAUCCAUUUUUCUUCCACAUUUGUGUUAAAAAAGCAGAAGAAAAACAUGUGCUCAUGUAAUCCUAUGGAACUCCUCAUACUGAUCCAUUGAGGGUCUGCUGAGUUUAGUAGGAU